CCUCGGCUACCUCCGGCAUCCCAGAAACGCAUCCGACCCGCAUCCUCAGGCUUCGGGGCACAGCGGAAUCCUCCCGGCCUCCCCGCCAGUUCGUGUACAUGGCGACCCCCACCCGGCCCCGAGUGCCCGGCCCCGAGGCCACUGUCUCUCGGACACUCCUGCUCUGCUGGGUCUUUCUCCAGGUGGCCGGAGCCACAGGCACUACAGAUGUAGUGGCAGCAUAUAAUUUAACUUGGAAAUCAACUAAUUUCAAGACAAUUUUAGAGUGGGAACCCAAACCCAUCAAUCAUGUCUACACUGUUCAGAUAAGUCACAGAUUAGGAAAUUGGAAAAGUAAAUGCUUCUACACAACAGAAACAGAGUGUGACCUCACUGAUGAGAUUGUGAAAGAUGUGACACAGACAUACAUGGCGAGGGUCCUUUCCUACCCGGCAGGUGCCACUGACUCUGCUGGGGAGCCUCCGUUCACAAACUCCCCCGAGUUCACACCUUACCAGGAAACAAACCUUGGACAGCCAGCAAUUCAGAGUUUUAGACAGGUUGGGACAAAACUGAAUGUAACUGUGCAGGAUGCACGUACCUUAGUCAGAAAGAACGGCACAUUCCUAAGCCUCCGGGAUGUUCUUGGCAAGAACCUAAGUUAUGCACUUUAUUAUUGGAAAGCUGCAAGUACAGGAAAGAAAACAGCCAAGACAAACACUAAUGAGUUUUUGAUUGAUGUGGAUAAAGGAGAAAACUACUGUUUUAAUGUUCAAGCAGUGAUUCCAUCACGAAGAACUAACCAGAAAAGCACAGAAAGUCCCACUGCGUGCACUAGCCAGGAGAAGGACACGUUCACAGAUGUGUUCAUCAUUGGAGCGGUGGUGAUCGUGGCCAUCAUCUUCAUCAUUGUCCUGUCCGUGUCUCUGCGCAAGUGCAGGAAGGCGAGAGCAGACAAGAACGGGAAGGAGAACUCCCCGCUCAACGCCGCGUGAGGAACGUGCCUUCAGAACUGCCCGCUGUAGCAGAGUUGACUUUGCACUGUGGCCAAGAACUUUUAAGAGGAUAGAAUAUAUGGAAAAACAAAUGAUCUGGGAGCAUAGAGACCCUUGGGUUCAAAGAAAGCGCUUUAUCUGACCUGUUCUCACAGUUAGCAUUCUGGUGUCAACAUCAGCAUAGACACUUGGGAAUGUAAAGAACGGUACAACCAAGUUUUUAAAUUUCUAUUUUAACACUAUGGCACCUUUUGCACAUAUUAUGCAUUAGACUGUAUAUUCUGUACCCAGGAUGAAACCAGAUCAUCUAAGCAGAAACUAAUGAACCAAGUGCCUUAAAAAACCCUGGGUGAGCUUUUGGAGAAUUUUCAAGAGGCUGCUUUCAAACCUCUUUAAACCUUGGUUCUUUAAUAAUAUAUGGUGUUUAGGAUCUUCUUCUUGAAUUCUUUUGGAGGUUCAAAACAAUUGGCAAACUUUUACGUGAACGUCUUAAGUGCAGAAGACUUCUAUUUGGGGCACUUUCCUAACAUGCAUUACAGUUUAGCACUUUAUCUGACUUAAAUGCUGUUGAUUAAACACUUGACAGCUAACUACAUUUUUAUAAGACUACUAUAAAAACUACAUGGAGUUUAUGAUUUAAGGUACUUCAAGCUUCUAUUGUCUACAUUGUAUAUAUUUACAUAAUUUUUUUAGAAAGGUCUUAUGGGAUUUUCUAUUUAUAAAGAUAAUAUUCUGUUUGUAUAUAUUGAGAUAAUUUAUUUAAUUACUUUUAUAUAAAUAAAGGUGACUGGGAAUUGUGA